AUGCGCCGCUCCCUCUUCCUGCGCAUUGUUAAUGCGUUGUCCGCGCGUUACCCCGAGUUCCGGCUCCAGCGAGACGCCACAGGGAAGCUCUCGGUCUAUCGCCCCUGCAGAAAUGCACUCGUUGCCAUCCGACAAUUGGCAUAUGGAGGGUCCGCCGACAUGUUCGAUGAGUAUCUGCAAUGCGGCGAGACGACUGGCAACGAGUGCCUGAAGAAUUUUUGUCAGGGCGUGCGAGAGAUAUUUGGGGAGCACUACCUUCGCUCGCCGGACGCAGCUGACUGCCAGUUCCUGCUGGAUUGGCACUGGAGGACCCACGGCUUUCCGGGGAUGCUCGGCAAGCAUCGACUGUAUGCACUGGCAGUGGAAGAACUGCCCAACCGCGUGGCGAGGCCGGUUCACUACCGGCUACAAAGGUACGCAUCCCACCAUCAUUCUUGA